AUGUGGGAUUCCGGCAAAGAGCGACCGCAAAAAAGACAGAGACUAGACAAAACAGAAGAAAACACGAUGUCGGAGCCGUCUUCUUCUGCGUUGACUUCGUUGCCAUAUGAUAUGGUUCUGGAAUGCUUGGCCCGCGUAUCAAUAUCGGACCACACUUCGUUAUCUCUCGUCUCCAAGUCGCACCGCUCUCUACUGCGUUCCCUUGAGCUCUACGGCGUCCGGUCCCGAACGGGUCGCACCGAAAAGUGCAUCUUUCUAUGUCUAAGCAUCCCUUCAGAUCCAUUUGUGAGGUGGUUCGCCUUCACCCCGAAAGCCCUAAACCAUCCCGGUAGGCUGGUCCCAAUCCGGCCACACUUGUAUCAGCCUUCGGAAGUAUCCGCGGUGGUGGCACAUGGUUGCGGGAUCUACAUCAUCGGAGGGGUGAUUGGCGGGAGGAGAUCGUCCAAGGUCUUUUUCCUGGAUGGACGAACUCACACGUGGACCAAUCUCCCUUCCAUGUUGGAAGCUAGAGCUUCUGCGGCGGCGGGCGUGGUGGACGGGAAAAUAUACGUGUUGGGAGGGUGCGAGGAAGGGAAAGCCCGCAUAUAUGGUGAGGUUUUCGAUCGGGAGACGCAGACUUGGGACGUCCUGCCAAUGCCUGGGCUGGAUGAGAAAUGUCUGCGCUUUCCCAUGGUGUACGAAAGCGCGGUGGUGAUGACGAUGGAGGAGAACAAGAAGGUUUUGGCUUUGAGUGGGGCGGCGGAAGGGUUGCUGUACAAUCCGAGUGAAGGGACAUUGAAAAGAGGGAACUGGGACUUAUGCGGAAAGAGAAGGGGUUGGCAAGUGAUAGAGAAUGUGAUAUACUCUUGUGAAACGGGUGGGAGGAUUCUGUGGUGUGAGGCAACUGAAAUGGAGCGGCUCACACACAAGGGGAUGGAGUGGGGAGAGGUGAUGGGCUUGGAGGAUCUAAGGAAGACACUCUGUGCCUCCAAACUGGUCAGCUAUGGUUGGGGACUGUCGGAUCAUUGGGAGUAUUUCAAAAGGGAAAGGGCCAGCCAAGGGCUGCUCAAAGCACACGUCGACGAUGUGUAUCCAGGCCACAAACUGAGCAGCUCUGGUCCCAACUUGUUACUCUUCUGGGACGUGCUUGGUCCUCAUAAACUGGAGAUUUUCUGUGCCGAGAUCUCUUUACAGAGGCGCAAGGACACAGGCCAGAUCGGGGGCAACGUUGAGUGGUCAGAGGUUGUCAUGACGCUCGAUCCUCCUCAUCAUCAGCAUCAGCAACACUGUAAACUUCUGUAUUCUCUAUCACUUGAUCUCUGA